GGACCAAUUAACAGAUGGACCGAGGCAAACGCACGGUGAACGACGGAGGGAGAUUUGACAAAGUUUGGUGGCCACAGCAGGUAGCUUGCUAUCUAUCUUGAGAAUUUAUUCCUCUCUUAUUGCGGAUUUGGGACCUUUCAACAUGGAAUUAGACACGGACAUACGAGAAACUGCGAGAGGGUUUCAUUGCAACUUGUGCAAUGUGAAUAUGCCCAACAAGCCCAGCAUGGAUGACCAUGUGAAAGGUCGAAAGCACCAGAAACUGAGCACCGUGCGAGCCACACGGAAGGCUCAAGAGGAGCACAGCGUGUUUGUCAGUGGUUUCAAGCAGAGCACGUCUCAGGCCGACUUGGCGGACUACUUCCAAAAGUUCGGCCCGGUGUCAGAAGUCAUCAUGGACAAAGACAAGGGUGUUUAUGCCAUUGUGGAGUUCAAUGAAAAGGACAGUCUGCAGACAGUUAUGUCCCAGAUAGAGCAUCGUAUGAAUGGCCUAAAGCUACGGGUAAAACCCAGAGAGAAAAAGGAGUUCAAGCUAAUUCCCAAGAAGAAGAAGGACUACAAGAACAUGCAGGAGAUAUCAGAGCGCUUGUCCUCUGAGUUGUGCCAGACAGCAUCAGUGAAUGAGCAGAUGAAGAAGUUGGUGGAGAGACUGCAGCUGAGAGACAAUGAGAAGAAAGCCAGAGCACUGCUGCUCCAACUGCUGCAGGAGGUCUUCAAAGAGUUCUUCCCAGAUAGCCAGAUCCAUCUCUUUGGCUCCUCUGUGAACACGUUUGACAUCCACUCCUGUGACUUGGACCUCUUCCUGGACUUGGAGAACACCAAGAUCUUCCAGGCCCGAGCAAGAAGCUCAACAGAACAGGUGGGGGAAGGCACGUCGGACGACGCCCGCUCCGAAGACUCCAUCCUCUCCGACAUCGACCUGACCACAGCCACGCCUGCUGAGGUGCUGGACCUGGUCGCCGUCAUCUUGAGGAAGUGUGUCCCUGGAGUGCACAAGGUCCAGGUGGUGGGCAGCGCUCGUCUGCCAGUGGUCAAGUUCGUCCACCGUGAACUCAACCUUCAGGGGGACAUCACCAUCAACAACAGACUUGCUGUGAGGAACACCCGUUACCUGCAGCUCUGCUCUCAGAUGGAGGCCAGGCUCCGCCCCCUGGUCUACACCAUCCGUUUCUGGGCCAGGCAGAAGCAGCUGGCAGGUAACCCCAGUGGAGCUGGGUCCCUGCUCAACAACUAUGCUCUGACCCUGCUGGUGAUCUACUUCCUGCAGAACUGUGACCCCCCAGUCCUGCCCACCGUAGAUCAGCUGAAGGACAUGGCAUGUGAGGAGGAAGAGUGUGUGAUCGAAGGGUGGAACUGCACCUUCCCCAGCCAGGCCAUCGCCGUGCCCCCUAGUAGCAACACCCAGGACACCUAUACACUACUGGCCGCCUUCUUCUCCUUCUACGCCAACUUUGACUUUGCCAGCUCCGUCAUCUCCCUCCGCCAGGGCUGCCCCCUCCCCAUCACGGCCUUCCUCAGCCGGUCCGGGACCCCCUCUCCAGUGCCCAUGGAGGGGACGAAGCCUUCCCAGGAGAGGCCUCUUCCCCACAGCCACGGGCCGAAGCUAGGACCCCUCAACCUGCCGGAUCCCUUUGAGCUCAGCCACAACGUGGCGGGCAACGUGACUGAGCGUGUCCAGAGGAGCUUCCAGAAGGAGUGCCAGGAGGCGGAGAAGUACUGCCGCAGCCUCCAGUACCAGCGCAAGUCCACCAAGGGGAAGGUCUGGGGGGUGCUGCGUCUCCUGACGCCCCCCGGGGACGGCCCCAGGAAGACGCCCGCGGCCGACAAGAAGGAGCUGGUCAUCGGCAUCCCCUUCAAGGCCGCUCCGCUCCCCGAGGCGGUCCGCUGCCAGCUCCACUCCGCCGGAGACGGCUUCCGUCUGCUCUGGUUCCAGAGCGUGUGCUCCGCCGUGGAGGAGGUGUUCCGGAACAUUCUCAAAUGCAGCCCCCCGGGCAGCGCCACAGAGUCCCCCGUGAAGGCGGACCGAGGAGCCAAAUCGGAGACCGCAAUGGAUACCGCUGAUGCCGUCUUCAAAACCCCCACCAAGUCAGCCGUCGAGGCCGGUUUUGACCGCGCGUCCUCCAGCAGUGAGACGAGUCCUCGGGUCCCAGCCGCCGUUGGAGGUAAGAGGGCCUUGUGCUCUGAGAGCAGCGACGCCUCCAUGUCUCCACAGGAGAAGAGGCAGAGGCUGGACAGCAGCCCCAGGUUCAGCUCCCAGUCCUGGACCUGGGUCCAGAGACACAAGGUGUGGGCUGGCCGGAGGAAGGUGAGGCGGGAGCUGUUGAAAGGUGUGGUGGAUGUGGGGCCAGAGGGAAGCAGCGCUCAGCUGGAGACCCAGGUGACGGAGCACAUCGUGAAGACGGAGCCGGAAGAGAAGGAGCCGCUGGAGUUCAGAGUUCAGGCCCAGGUGUUGGGCGGGACUGAGAGCACCAAGACGGUGGUGAAGUUCAGAACGACCAAUGACAGAGCAGGGCUGUUUCAGGACUUUUUUCACUUCCUGGAGGUGUUUCUGCCUAAGAUGGCAGAUACUCUUCUGGAGAGACCUGUUUCGUAGAUAAAAGCAAGGUUGUGCUGGGAUAAUAACAUUUUUCAUUUUGGAAAAGUGGAAGUAUGGUGGUUGAAACAGGACUUAUUUUACUUUGCUUUUUUACAUUUUGUUUGCUUUACAAAUGUUGUAGUACCUACUCGAUCUUAAAACUUUAAAAUAGAUCCUCAGAGUAAGAGAUGUUUGAGGUUCAGAGUAUAUUUUGUUCUCUUUAGUACAGCCAAGGAGACACAUUGUUCUGAAUAUUGAUUGUGUUGUCAUCACAAUAUUCUGUUAUUUCUUUGUGGUAUGGUUUGUGAAAAGUCUUGAUAUGCACUAUUCUUUUUCAGUUGAAGUUCUGAAAUGUAAACCCUCCAAUGAAAAUGCUUUGAAUUGCUUGAAAUUGAAAUUGUCAGUUUCUGCAGUGCAUCAACAACCGCUAUUCUAAACUGUUCUUAACCAACAACAAAAAAUCUCAAGCAACGUUGUCUCUGUGUCUUUGAAUACAGUGUAGAUGAAAUGAUAUGAAAAUCAAUUUUACUUAUUAUUUACAAAUAAAAAGAACAAAAACAUGAUGUGAUAACGAUGACAAAAACAAACAUGUUUUAUUGACCUCUCCAUCCAGGUCUGUUAUAAGACGUCACAAAUGAAAUACAGCUUCCAUGCUCGCUCUGGUGCGGUGUGUAGUGGAGUGUUGAGACAGGUCCAGAUGGGCCAAUGCUCUUACGACUGAGACGAAUGUUUGUAAUUAGUCAGGGAGACACACAGCUUUAUUACAGUUGGGUGGGCUGAAGCUCAGGGAUGCCCAGUCCUGUGCACAGCUUCACACCGUCAAUCUCCUCAGGGGGAGAUUCUUCAGGAACCGGGUGAAUAAGGAUGUUAGGCUGGACCAGAGACUUGCGUAUGUGUCUUGUCAUCCCUGACCUCAUAU